AUGGAGAAAUCUGAUAGAAAACAAGAAGAAACAUGUUUCGCAUAUGUUGAUGCUGAAAUGGCUCAAUUUGAAGAAGUAGCUGGAACAUGUUCCAAUAAAGAUAAUAUUAAUGAACAAUGUUGUACAAUAAGAAGUGCUACUAUUGGCUUAAUAUUUGUUAUUGGAAUGUCAUUUCUGCAUGAAUGGGGAAACUUACAACAAGUGGCUCCUUUUAUUUCGUCAGUUCUAGUUAUUGUUGUUGCAUAUCCAUUAGGAUAUUUAUGGAGUGUAAUUGUACCAAAAUCAAAAUCAUUUACAUUGAAAGAGCAUGGAUAUAUUUUAGUUAUGGCUAAUGUUGCUAAUAUGUAUAAUUCCGUAUUAAUGUAUGCAAAUUUAACAACAUUAAAAAUACUUGAAAGAGAAAAUCUCAAUUUUGCAUAUUAUUUCUUUUUUGUUCUUUCAAUGCAAUUUCUUGGGUUUGGUCUUGCAGGUAUUCUUCGUCGAUUUUUGGUUUGGCCAUGUGAAAUAAUUUGGCCUCAAAAUUUGCCAUUAAUAGCUUUAUUGCGUACAUUUCAUGAUGAUCAAUCAAGUCUAACAGCAACAUCUUAUGGAGUUCAAACUCAAAGUUUAAAACAAAGUCUUAUGAAUAAUCGCUUAUUAUUUUUUUUUCUUAUAUCAAUAAUAGCUUUCAUAUAUGAAUGGCUUCCAUUAUAUAUAAUGCCAAUUUUAGCCUAUUUUUCAUGGAUGUGUUGGAUAAAUCCAUCAAAUAAUGUUUUAGCACAAUUAACAGCAGUACAUGGUCUUGCUAUAGCUGGUGGAGGUUUAACAUUAGAUUGGCACGCAGUAACACAAUAUAUUGGUUCACCAUUAAUAUUACCAGGUUGGGCAUUAAUUAAUAUAGCAUUUGGCUUUGUAUUAAUAAUAUGGCUUAUUGUUCCAAUUGUAUAUGGAUCAAAUGUAAGAGGUUUUACUAAUUUACCUAUAGGUGGAGUUGUAAUAACGGAAUUUACAGCAUUCAGUUUAGUCACAGCAUUUACAUCAUUUGCAAGUAUAACAGCUGUUUUUAUUCAUACAUUAUUAUUUCAUGGCGUUGAUAUAUGGCAACAAUUUCGCACAAAAAGUUUAAAACAUAUGGGAAAUGAUAUGCAUGCUCGUAUGAUGUCACUUUAUAAAACAGUUCCAGAUUGGUGGUAUUUAGAAUUAUUUGCAUCAGCAUUAAUUGUUGCUUGUGUUACAUGUGAUCAUGCUGGAUGGCUAAAUUGGUAUUAUGUAUUAUUAUCUUUAUCUAUUGGAACUAUAUUUGUCUUACCAUUUGGAUUAGUUUCCUCAAUCACAGGACAAUUGUUACAUAAUUUAUCUGUUUACUAUUUAUGUUUACUGAUUGGACAAUUAUUGUCAUUACAAACAUCGGCAAGAAAUAUGUUUACAUUUAUAGCACUUAGUUAUGUCGUUUUUGUUCAAACACUAGCUCUACUUCAAGAUAUGAAAUUAGCUCAUUAUAUUAAAAUAAGUUCACGUUCAUUAUUUCUUGCUCAAUGUCUUGCUGGUUUAGUUUGUUCAACAUUUUCAAUUGGAAUUCGUUCUAUGUAUCGUAAAAAAAGUUAUGUAACUGAUUAUUUGUCUAUAUUUAACAAUACCAAACUUGGUUGGACACUUUUACAUGAUUAUAAUGAAUUUUUUAAUGGGAUUAAUUUAGCUAAUAGAGAUUUUUUAUGGGCUUUUUUAGUUGGUGCAUUCAUACCAAUACCUGGAUGGAUUUUAUCAAGAUUUAAACGUUUCCAUUGGUUGCAUAAAUUACAUUGGCCAUUAAUAUUUGUAACUAUUGGUUGGAUGCCAACAAUUGUUCCAGCAGGUGCUUUAUUCACGUGGCUUUUUAUUGGUUUAUCAGUUUAUUUUGCAUUUGGAAAAUAUAGUUGGAGACAACGUCAUGUUUAUUUAGUUUCAGCUGGACUUGAUCUUGGUCUCAAUAUAACACUGAUGAUUGUUGGUACAGCUUUAAAAAAUAAAAAUGUCUUUUUUCCACAAUGGUGGGGAAAUCGAAAUACAACAAAGUAUGAUAGUUGUCUAAGAGCUGUUCAAACUUGGUAA